GGCAAUAAGAUAAAAACAGGGCCGUAUUUAGAAAGAAGUCGGAGUGUAUAGAAAGCAUGUGCGAUUGAAAUCAAAACUAGUGAUCAGAAAUAAGACAACUCAGCAUCAACCAAGCGUAAACCAAUGGCGGCCCCGCUUUUGAUCUACGUCUCAUAUUCUCUCUCAUCAUGUCAGCAGAUAUUUUUCAACGCCAUUUUAGCGGCUCAAAUUAAAAGACGUCUUCCUUCUCCUUCUUCUUCUAAACUCCGAACCUUCUUCUUCACUGUACAACAAAAACCCCCUGAAAUUAUUUCUAAAAAAAUUCAUUUCACAGAAGAUUGAUUGUCAUCCACUAAAUGUUUCGAAAAAUUUGUGGAUUUUUUUUUUAAAAAAGAAAAAAUGAUGGGUCAAUGUUCAGUGAAUCAAAGAAGAAAAGUGAAGAAUUAGGUGGGUAAGUAUGAAGGAGAAUGAAGUGCUUACAGUUAGGUUUUGUGGAAAUUUUUUGGAAGAUAAAGGGGGUGGUUGAUUUUUAAUUAAUUUGUCUUUUUAAAAAAAAAUUGACGGGUAAAUGGGUCAAAUGGAAGGUAUGGAGGCGGUGUUAAUGGAGGUAGAGGAUAAGGAAGAGGUGAGAGAAAAUGAAUUGAAAUGGGAGAGUAUUAUGCCGAAAAUGGUGAUCAGAGUUCUUCUUGUUGAAGCCGAUGAUUCUACUCGUCAUAUUUUAGGUGCCCUCCUUCGCAAGUAUAAUUAUAAAGUUGCUGCUAUUUCCGACGGAUUGAAGGCUUGGGAAAUCCUCAAGAACCGGCACAAUAACAUAGACCUCAUAUUGACUGAACUGGAUUUGCCAUCAAUAUCUGGGAUUGCACUUCUUACAUUAAUCAUGGAGCACGAUGGUUGCAAAGACAUCCCUGUUAUAACUAUGUCAUCACAGGAUUCAGUGAGUAUGGUGUUGAAGUGCUUAUUAAAGGGUGCAGUCGACUUUCUUGUAAAGCCUAUCAGGAAAAAUGAACUGAAAAACCUGUGGCGUCAUGUCUGGAAGCGGCUUGCUAACAAUAAUGCUGGACACAAUCCUCAAAAUUUAACUGCUGAACAACAAAAUAUUGAGGCCGCAUAUAAGAACAAUUCAGCAACCAAUCACUCUGGUGACAAUGUGUCUUCUAGUCAGAAAAGUAGCGGGUUCAGUGAAAAGGCUACUGAUGUCCAAGGUCUCUCACAGAUGAAACACGGAGAAGAAACUGGAGUCAGCUGCAGAGAAGAGAAGCAUCAAGCUAAGAAUGUCAAGGUGGAGGAGGGAUUGUCCCUAGAUACCAAUGCCAUAGACGACAAAACAGAUAAAUUAGGAUCUGGUGUUAAUGUUUCAGCUGCUCUAAGAGUUGAAGAAGAUGGAUCCUGCACUGAUGUAGCUACUGAUGAUGGAGGCGAUGGCUAUCGAGCUAAUAUUAUUGGCCAUAAUGUUCCUCAACCUUCAAUCGAAGCUGUUGACUUGAUUGGCAUAAUAAAUAAACAAGAAGGUACAGGAGGGCGAGUAAGUUUCAGUGGAGAGUUUAAUGGUCACAACAAUUCUACUCCUGCACUAGAGCUUUGUUUAAAAAGACCUAUUAACUCACUGAACUCAGAGACCAAAGAGAGGGGAAUACUGAAUCAUUCUAAUGCCUCUGCCUUUUCAUGGUAUAGAAGUACCAAGAAGCCUCGGACCUCUGUCCCGUCAGCAGACAGUGAACUGCCAAAAAUCAAAGGUGUUUCUGAUUCUAAGCCAUUCAGCAGCAAUGGGGAAAACAAACCCAAUGUUCUUGCUCCUCAAUCUGCACAAUGUAGUACAGUUUCCUCACACCAUCAAAUUGGGCCUGUUCCCUCACCAGGACUUACAUUUGACAGUUGUGUUUGGGCCAGCUAUGGUGCUGCGUUCCAUCCGAUAUUUAGCCCAUACACAAGCCCAACAUCAAGCUGUUUGAAUUCAGCAUUGCAAAGAGAGGAGCCACCUUUUCUGACAAGCCCUUCCCCGCACUUUGAUCCAGGGACUCAUAGUUCUAUUCAAGGUUGUGGCCAAGCUGGAGAUGAGCUUAGAACUAAGGAAUCCGUUGAACGAUCUGGGUACAUCAGCUCACAAGUUGUGGAUCCAAGUGGCAGUAGUACUCAGUGUAAUGAUUCUGGAAGUCAACAUAAGCUCAGUGCACAUGGAAGUGCAUCCGAUAUUACUGAUGUUAAUGCUACUGCUUCUGGCAUGAAAGGUUCAAGCUUUGUUGAGGAGAGUGAAGUUAAGCCCUUUGCCAAUGAUCAGUUCAAGGCGAAAAUGGGUCUCCACUCUGCCGAAAGAGAAGCCGCUCUUGCCAAGUUCCGGCAAAAACGGAGAGAUCGAUGCUUUGAAAAAAAGGUGCGUUAUCAGAGCAGGAAAAAACUGGCAGAGCAGCGACCUAGGGUGAAAGGACAAUUUGUUCGCCAAGUCCCGACUGAUCAAGUGCUUGUUCGCCAUGCCUCGAGUGAUCAAGUGGUUGCUGAUGGUAAACCAUAGGUUCAAAUUUUUACUUUUAACAAACUAUAUAUAUAAAAGGGUUAACUGAAACAAACCAAUCCUCUAGAAAGUGUUAAUGAUGUUGGUACCUGUAGCUUGUACGGAGUAGGAAUUUAGGAACAUGAAAAUGUUAGGUUGUGGCUGCUGAAAAUGGUUUUUAUCUGAAGCAUCUGUUAUUUUUAUGAGCUUCUGAUUACAUAUGUACAAUUAUUACAUGCAUAAUGCAUUCUUUAUCUGGUAUCUAUCUAUUACCGGAUUGGAAACGGUCUUGUAAUUAUAUAUUUUACACGUAUAUGAGUGUGCGAAUUAAAUUA